UGAAUAAAGUAAUUAAGACAUGUCUGAAAAAAAGUAAAUGAAGUCGGUGACUGACUUCGCCAAGACCAAUCUAUGGAUCAGAAUACGUACAGGAGGAAACCGUCUCCGAUCAGCACCACCACUGCCGGCGGUUCAAAUCCACGCCCUAGCUCCGAACUACUUCCGAUGAAGCUUCUCAGCUUUGGUACGAUGAAGCUCACCAGAACAUUCACAACUUGCUUGAUACUAUUCUCUGUGCUACUAGCAUUCUCCAUGAUCUUCCAUCACCACCCAUCUGAUCCGAAUCGGGUAAUGGGUUUCGCCGAGGCAAGAGUUCUCGAUGGCAGAGACUACUCCAAUGUCAGUACUACCAACGAUUCAAAUGAUUCAGAUAAACUUCUUGGAGGACUACUCGCCACAGGGUUUGAUGAAUCUUCUUGCCUCAGUAGAUACCAAUCACCACUUUACCGUAAACCUUCGCCUUACAAGCCAUCUCCUUACCUCGUCUCCAAGCUCAGAAGCUACGAAACGCUUCACAAGCGUUGCGGUCCUGGCACUGACUCUUACAAGAAAGCUUUAAACCAACUUCAUCAAGAAGACCACAUUGAUAACGACGGUGAAUGCAAAUACGUUGUGUGGGUUUCCUUCAGCGGGCUAGGCAACAGGAUACUCUCUCUAGCCUCGGUCUUUCUCUACGCGCUUUUGACGGAUAGAGUCUUGCUCGUAGACCGAGGGAAAGACAUGGCUGAUCUCUUCUGCGAGCCGUUUCCUGAUAUGUCCUGGUUACUGCCUCUAGAUUUCCCUCUGAGGGAUCAGUUUGAUGGGUUGAAUCAAGAGUCCUCUCGUUGCUACGGACACAUGCUCAAGAAUCAGGUGGUUGAUAACGAGAAGGCUUUGUCUCAUCUUUAUCUUCACCUUGUACAUGACUACGGAGAUCAUGAUAAGAUGUUCUUCUGCCAAGGAGACCAAACCUUUAUAGGGAAAGUCCCUUGGCUGGUCGUUAAAACAGACAACUACUUUGUUCCAUCUCUAUGGCUGAUCCCUGGUUUCGAUGAGGAGCUAGACAAGCUGUUCCCGGAGAAAGCGACGGUGUUUCACCACUUGGGUAGAUAUCUUUUCCACCCAACAAACCAAGUGUGGGGCUUGGUCACUAGGUACUACGAAGCUUACUUGUCACAAGCGGACGAGAAGAUUGGGAUCCAAGUAAGGGUUUUCGACGUGGGAGCAGGUCCUUUUCAGCACGUGAUGGAUCAGAUCUCAUCUUGUACUCAAAAAGAGAAGCUUCUACCUGAAGUAGACACGCUGGUGGAAAGCUCUCGCCGAGUAGAAAGAACCCCAAAACACAAAGCUGUCCUUGUCACAUCUCUGAACUCGGGGUACUCCGAGAAUCUGAAGAGUAUGUACUGGGAGUAUCCGACGUUAACAGGGGAAGUCAUCGGUGUUCAUCAGCCGAGCCAAGAAGGCUAUCAGCAGACGGAGAAGAAGAUGCACAACGGAAAGGCUCUUGCGGAAAUGUACCUUUUGAGUAUGACUGAUAGUCUUGUGACUAGUGCUUGGUCUACGUUUGGGUAUGUAGCUCAAGGUCUUGGUGGUUUGAAGCCUUGGAUACUCUAUAAACCCGAGAACAGAACAGCUCCUGAUCCUGCGUGUGGUCGGGCUAUGUCUAUGGAGCCUUGUUUCCACGCGCCUCCUUUCUAUGACUGUAAAGCUAAAGCGGGCAUAGACACGGGUAAACUAGUUCCUCAUGUGAGACAUUGUGAGGAUAUGAGCUGGGGACUUAAGCUAGUGUGAUAAAAAAAGUUUGGUUUUGGUUUUGGUUUUGGUUUAUACUGUUUUUGAUCAUAUUAUGUAACAAGCUCCCCUCUUUUUACAAUAAGAUCAUAUUUUAUAGAA